AUGAACCGCCUCUUCGGCGCAGCCCCCAAGGGCCCAAAACCAACCCUAAACAGCGCAAUCACAAACAUCGACGACCGCAUCUCCUCAAUCGACGUGAAGCUCUCCGCCCUCACCGCAGAACUAAACACCUACCAACAAAAACUCUCCAAAAUGCGCGACGGCCCCGGCAAAAACGCGAUAAAGCAAAAGGCGCUAAAGGUCCUCCAGCGCCGCAAAAUGUACGAGUCCCAGCGCGACCAGCUCCAGUCCCAGGUCUGGAACAUGGAGCAGGCGCAGACGAUGCAGGAUAACCUGAAAAAUACCAUGGCCACCGUCGACGCGCUCAAGACGACCAAUAAAGAACUCAAGAAGCAGUACGGGAAGGUGGAUAUCGACAAGAUUGAAAGGUUGCAGGAUGAGAUGGCGGAUUUGAUGGAUAUUGGAAAUGAUAUCCAGGAGAGUCUGGCGAGGUCGUAUGAUGUGCCCGAGGACGUGGACGAGGCGGAGCUGGACGCCGAGUUGGAGGCGUUGGGGAUGGAGGCUGAGUUGGAGCCCGAGAUGGGCGCUAUGCCGAGUUUCUUGCAGGAGGAGUUGCCCGAGUUUGUGGAUGAGGAGCCGGCCAAGGAGGGUGCCAAGCUCAAGGAGGCUGCUGGCUAA